GAGGUGUGGUAUCGGGCAAGUGUGUGUCUCACUCUUUUGUCGUGUCUCCACCGCCACAAUCGCGAAAGGCACCAACCUACAAAGUCGCGGAACACAGUAAAAGACGAAUAGUGAGUUCGGAUAUCCGUCCGUUCUGUCCCUGAAGCAGUGUUUAGGCGGAGGGGCGAAAAGAGACGUGUGUUCAUCAAGCGACCAGAGAACGUACACAGAGGGGGAAAGCAACAAUGGCUCACGGAUACAACAAUUUCAUGAACAAUAAGGACUUCCAUCCUGCGAACUUCACCAACCAGAAGAGAAUCUGGGAAGCCGAGCAGAAGAAGGCGCAGGAAGAGAAGAAACAGGAGGAGCUACGAGCCCAGUACCUGAAAGAACAGGAGAUAUACUGCAGCAAGGAACUACUGGGGAAGGCCAAUCCUCUAGACUUCAUGUAUGAGCCUCCACCAGGCUAUGUCAAGGACGAAGAAGCUGAUGCUAAGGUCGAAGAGGGUAAGCUAGAACUGAAAUUUGAGUGGCAGAAGCCGGGACGAUCUGCACCGCGAGAAGAGUUUGCCAAAGAGAUGAACCUGAGGGACCAACCGUUUGGCGUGGCCGUACGCAACGUCAAGUGCAUCAAAUGUGGCAAGUGGGGUCACAUCAAUACCGACAAGGAGUGCCCGCUCUUUGGGAAAAUAAAGCCAAGUGCAAUCGGCAAUCCGGGAGCUGAAGAGACAUCAGAGCAACAGGCGGCACCACAGGGUGUGGAGGACGGACUGUCAUUCAGGCAGUGCGUGCGGGACAGAGUGGUCGAUGCUCGAGCCAGCAACCAGCAGAUCCUUGCGUCUGACGACGAGACAGAGCUGCACGACCUCCUCGCCACCAUGGAUAGCCACGGGAAGAAAAAGAUGCUGCGGAAACUAGCUCGAAUCGAGGCCAGGGAGAUUGCGGGAGGUGAUGGUGCACAGAACAAGAAGCAUAAGAAGGCCAGCAAGAGCAAGUCUAGAGAUAGGAAGAGCCGAGGACAUGACAGAGAUGGAGGCAAGAAGGUGAAGAGAAGGCGACAUGACAGUACAGAUAGUUCAGACAGCGACAGUGACAGUAGCCCUCAUGAGAUGAGGAAGAGAUCCAAGAAGAGAAAGAAAAACAAGUCUGAAAAGCAUAAGAGAAGUAAGGGGAAGGGGAGACACAGUGACAGUGACUCAGAUAGCAGUGAUUUGGCUACCAGAGGUCGAUCAGCUAGAGGAACCAAGCGAGACUCUGUGCGAAAAAGAAGGCGGCGCAGUGACAGCUCCGGGGAAUGAACUUCUGGAGGCCCUACACUGCACAUGCACCCCAUGUCACCGCGUUUAAUUAUGUAAAUUAGAUUUCGCGUGUGAAAUUCAAGGGGAAACCCCUGUACAGCUAAGGUCAAAGGUUGGCAUACAAGCACGUGUUGAUGUUGUUGGCCGUAGAUACAGCCCGAAAAGAAUGGAGGGGAGCUACGCAGAGGUUGUGGGGUGGGUGAGAAAAAUACUGGAUCCUCAGUGUUCGGCAGAGGAGCGAGCCGUCUGCCAUCAACAUGUGGAGGACCUGAAGGAGAGACGGAAUGACUGUCUUGUUUGUGGGUUCCACUUGGCCUGCAGUGUGGACCCCAUGAUCAGACACUUUGGACUCCAGCUUCUCGAACACUUUGUAAGAUACCGUUGGCAGAAUCUCCAUGAGUUGGGUCGAAGGGAUUUCUCGUUACAACUACUGGAUCAUAUCUCCCGCGGGUCUGAAGGAAUGAGGCAUUGCCUUUCCCUCUCCCUCCCCUCACACACACACACACACACACACACACACCAUCACCCUGUGCUGUGGGUGGCACACUAGUCUACACUACCAAUGGAAGAGGAGGCGGUGUAUGUGAAGGAGAGUCUGGCCAGACUGGUGGUUGAACUGGCUCAGAAGACAUGGCCACAGCACUGGCACACUUUCCUGGGGGACAUGGAUCUCCUCACUAGGCAUGGACCAGCACAGGUUGAGGUGGUACUACUGGUGUUCCGACGACUAGCAGAGGACCUACACCCACAGUCCAAUGCCCCUCUCUCACCGCUACGUCGAAAGGAGAUGAGCGCUGCACUUCGUGAGCAGUUGGGUGUUGUCUACCGGUUCAUAAUGAGAAACCUCGAGGUACCAGAGGUCCCAGCAUUGUGUGGAAUAGCUCUGAGUGCCCUCACCUACUAUGUGGAGUGGCUGGACUGGAGUGAGCUCCUGACAUGUGACUGCAAACUCCUCAGACUACUCUACUCUUUCAUCAGUGUGGAGCAGCUCAAGACCGACGCCUGUGAAUGCCUCCUUGCCAUCCUCUCCAGAAAGGGAGAUUUGAAGAGAACUAUAAAGCAGAGAGAAGAGCUCCUGAUUCUCCUGUCCAAGGAUGCCCUGCAAGUCGUUUUGGAUGCUGCCUUGAAAGCGGCAGGGUGUGGGGUGGACGAGGUUCAGUAUGUGUUCAUCAAGAGAGUGUGUCAAGUCCUCGUGGAGCUGGGAACUUCACAGAUUGCACGACUCUGGGAGGCAAAGUUCAAACCUCCUCAAGGCUUUGGGUUCUACUUGGAAGUGAUGCUAGAGUUCUUCAAACAUGAUAGCCAGCUGGUGUGUCUGACAGCCACAUCUCUCUGGUCGGCCUUCCUGGCCCACGGCUACAUCAUCGACGACCCUGAUUUCAGGAGAAUCCUCCCACAACUCUCCCUGAAGCCUGCAAGAAACUCAUCAGGGUUGGCAAUCCUGGUUCAUCAUCAAGUGAUCCUGAGACUCAAUACAACAAACUGGACUUUGAUGACCAGAAUGAAUACAUUACGUUCUACUCCAUGUUCAGGAACAGACUUGGUAUCAUGUUGAUCAGGAUGUGUCAGAAGGGAGCCAUUCCUGGGAAUGCCUUCGACCAGACUCUCAAGCUGACCACAACUCUAACACAACAGUUCCCCUCACAACAGUGUGACCGUGAGUCUCCGCUAUAUCUGGAGUGGGAUGGGUUUGUGUCUGUCAUGGAGAGCUGGACUAAUGUCAUGAAGUCUGACAGUGAGCUGAGGGACCUACUGAGGGAAAAGGCCGUAUCUUUGGCUCGUCUGGUGCUGAACUAUGACCCCGGAGAUGCUCUUGUUCUGUGCUGUGUCCUCCGCUGUAUGAACAGUGGCCUGUUGUGGGUGGUGGACAUUGAUCCUCAGCUUCUUCUCCAACCUUACCUUCAGAAGAUUUUCUCCUGUGUUGAGUCUUUGGGAAAGGUGGAGAGUAAGACGAGAAAGGUGAUGGCAGCUCAGAAUAUCGCCAUGCAGUGCUUUAUCAAACUCUGUAGCCAGUUUGGAUCCCUGCUCCUGCCCUACCUCCCCCAGCUCUAUGAGCAGUAUGAAACAGCAGUGAAACAAGACAUCAUCUCUUAUUCCAUGAGGGCAUCCUUCAUUGAGGGAUUUGUUAUCCUCAACCUACUGAGACCAGACCUGGAGCAACAGAGGGUGUUUCUGAGACAGCUGAUGCAGGAUGCAAGCACUGUUCUUCGAGAGUUACAGCGCUGUGGAGCCCUUUCGUCAUUGGAGGGGCUAGUUCGUUAUCUAGGGAUCCAUACGAGCCCAGAAGACCCAGCGUUCUGUCCAGAUCACAGGGCCCAACUCUGCUAUGUUGGUCAUGUCGUCUCAGUGGUGCUGAAGAACAGUGUGCUCCCUUCCAACAGACAACCUGGACAGCCACUGCCGGCCAGCCCAGAGCAGCAUCCCAGCUACCAACUGACUGUCCCUCUCCUCACACAGUUUGUACUGCCUGUCAUUCAGCUCCUGCAUGAGCUGUGGAGUGGUAAGGCCAAACACCUGACUAGUAGUUACUUUCAACACCUCUAUCAACUGAGUAUUGCUGAGAAGGAAAUCAUUAGAGGGAAGGUGUUGUCCUACAGUGCCAGCCAGCCCGGACAGGGAGAGGGCACGUCUCAGAUGCAGAACACUCUGGUCUCUACCCUAGAAGUCUGUCUGCAGUGUGUGGCCAAUUCAUUCUCUGUGUUUGGCUGUCAACACAUGCUGGACAUUGGCUUCGUGGACGCCUGCCUCAAGACCAUCUUUCCCUCCACUGCUGGACUCGAUUGCUGGAAAAUGAGAGGAGUUAUCCGUGGAGUUACACUGCCUCUGGUGAAGCUGUGUCCUCCAGAGAUGUGGCAGAGUGUUCUUCUCCCCUUCCUCCUCCAGUGCUGCCACACCGUCUUCACCAAACUGAGACAGAGCUGGGAGGAGAUAGAGGAGAACAAGACUUCUGCGGGUGUCAGUGCUGAACAAAUAGAGGGGAUAAUGUAUGGAGCUGGAGAUGAGGGCGAGAUCAGUCAGGAGGUUAUUGACGAACAGUUUGCCAUUGUCCUCUCCAGAGACUAUGCCAGUUUGAUAGAGGCAGUGUGUAUGACGAAGAAGCAGGUGGAAGGGGAGAAGGGGGGAGAGGGAGGAGGAGAGAAGUGUGACAGUGGGGAGGUUGAGGAGGAGAUGGAGGAGGUGAAGGAGGGUGGGGCAGGUUGGCGGGGCAGUGGUAUCAGAGACAAGUGGAUGAGUAGUCACGAGAUAGCUCCUCUGGCCAGCCACCUCCUCUCCAGUGGAGGGGCAAUGUGUGAACUGCUGUUCAUCUCGGUGUUCUCCGGUCUGUCAUGGGGUGAUACCAGGUGUGCCCACACCUUCACCAACAUUGCCGGACUCAUCAUUAUGAAGGUGUCUACUGGACUACUACCUGUUCCUGUCAUUGGAAAACUCUUUGAGCAAGUUCUUGUGGCACUGCAGAAACACGGGAUCCAUGAAGGCAACAGAACAGCCCUGACCAGUCUAGCCCAGCUCAUGUAUGAGACCAUGGUUGCUCAGCAGUCCAAUAGUGUCCCCCUACUCCAAAAUGUGUUGAUACAACUUCCUGGAAAUACUCCAGAAAAAAUGAGGGCAUUUCACAAUCUCCUGAGUGGCGGAGAGACUGCCCAGCUCUGCAAGAGGAGGAGGGUCAAGUUCAGGGAGCUUGUCUCUGGACUCUGCCAGGGCCAUAUAUCAGAGGUGUACAAGAGACCAGUUGUUUUCGACCUGCCUGAGAUCGUGUUCAAGAAACAAGCCAAGACAGAAACACACGAACCUGUGUCCCUAGCAUCUCUCUUUGGAGAAGAGUCUGCACUAUAGUGUUUUACAGUCAUGAUGUCAUAAUGUGUAUACCAAUUUGUUUUUGACUGAACCGGAACCAUACUAAUGAAAAGCACUUGAAAGUG